CUUUGUUUAAAGGGACACCAGGCAUCAAGAAAGGGGAGAGACAGCCAUGAAGGAGGCGGAUGGGAGCUGUGAGGCGCGUAAAGGGGGCAAAGGGGCCGAGAAGGGAAGGUGAUGCUCAUACCUUCUUUAGAUUUUCUGCCUCUGUGGCCCAGAAGUUCCCGUUGCAACCACUUCCUUCUGGGACGUCCUCGCCGCGCCGCAUGCCAAGCCAUCGCCGGGGUAGCCUGGCCUUGGCAGGACCCCGAAGAGAGGGAGCUGUCCGCGGCCCAGUCUGACUCCGUCCAGGCGCCGUGCAACGAGGCCGAGGCGCAGAUCCUCGUCAACACCAAGGUGCCUGAGAAGUCCGAUCAGCCGCACAAGUCGCCUCAGUUCCUGUCGGCGUAUGAGCGAGUUUGCAUCAUCGGCCAGCGCGUGCUGCAGCUGAGCAUGAAUGCAGGUUGGCCACAAUGGAGCUGGAGGCGGGAGAAGUUCCGUUCAUCGUCCGCAGGCCCCGUCCUGGACGGCAGCUGCGAAGAUGACGAUGCACCCAGCUUCCGGAAGCUGGUCCUGGUGCCUCAGCCUCUAGGAGUCGUCGGAAUACGGCAAGGUUGCCAGCCCAGGCUUUGCGAUGUUCACAACUCAUGCAGUGGGUGAACAUGUUGGCCUCGUACACUCUGGCGCCCUUUGCCACGUCCUUCCAGUGCUAAGCAAGGGUCCGGUCAGCGCCCGCGGUACGCUACGUGAUCAACAUGGCAAGUUCGUCAGUCCAGGCGUUGUGAUGUUCAGGUUCUGCUUCUUGGGUCUCUUGGGAGUGGGGCCGAAAAACACUUACGGAGGUUUGUGGCGAACCGCAGAAACCCCUUUUUCACUUGCUUAGAGCAGCCCAGCUUUUCCUGGGCUGGACUGGCAUGGGGCCAACAGUGCCCAAGCUGCGGGUCUUGGCUAGCAUCCAAAAUCGCACCCCAAGGGAGGGUCGUGGCUCUUGGCUCGUGGUCUGCCCGUGGUGCUGGGUUCUGCACAGGGGGCCUUGUCACCUGUGUGCCUUCGCGUUUUAACAGCUAAGCUGCCUUGGCUGUCGGAGAGAUUGUUGCAUCGACUCCAUGCUCUUCUUUUGCGGCCCCCCGGCGAGCCAGGGUCGCGGCGGUCUACCAGCCCCGCCGCGUGCGGGCUACCGAUUUCGACCCGCGAAUUUAAUCGUCCUUCUCUGUCCAGUCCUCCUGAGGUCUGCCGUGCCUUUUCGGUCAUCGAUUGUUGGGGUGCGCAUGGGCCGAGUAAAAGG